UAUGACAGUCGAAAAGGAAGUCAGCAGGGUAGACUGAGCGAAAGGCAGUCAGAACGAAAAAGGGGAGUAUAGUAUUGGGACCUUGCUUGCAAGCUAAACCACAGUGAGAGCAUUUUGUAAAAAGUUACCGAAAUAGUGCAUCGAGACAAACAGGAUAUAAUUCAACUUGAACAGUCGAAUUUCUUUGCAUUUGAUUCACCGUUGCAAGACUUUGUCGAACAAUAAGGAAACACUCGCGGAUUUUUGCCUUGUUUUUUGAAAAAAUAUUUUCUAGUUCAUUAGGCUAAAUACGCUUUAUUUUACGUGCCAGCAAAUGCUUGUCUUGCAACAGUUUGACAGAUAUUUAUAUUCAGUUACAAACCACAUGAAGUCCAAUUCAUUGAUCCAGAAACGAUAACAUUCAACAUGAGAGCUCAAAUAGAAGUAAUACCCUGCAAGAUCUGUGGGGACAAGUCCUCAGGAAUCCACUAUGGAGUCAUUACCUGUGAAGGCUGCAAGGGGUUCUUCCGCCGCAGCCAGCAGAACAAUGCCAUGUACUCGUGUUCCCGCCAGAGGAACUGUCUUAUUGACCGAACCAGCCGCAACCGCUGCCAACACUGCAGACUGCAGAAGUGUCUGGUGUUAGGCAUGAGCCGGGACGCCGUGAAGUUUGGCCGUAUGUCUAAGAAGCAGCGCGACAGCCUGUACGCUGAGGUCCAGAAGCACAAGAAGAACCAGGAGUGUCUGAACCAGGGUCUGUCCCUGUCCAGGGAAGACGUGGCUGGGGGAGAAAGCGAGUGGGACGGGCACGGGGAGCUCAGUCGCUCCUACAGCAGCGGGGGCUCCACCUCCACCCUGAGUGACCUGGAUGACAUCGCGGCGCUCCCCGAACUGUUUGAUCUGCCCUUGACCCCACAGGAGGCCCACGAGUACUGCAGCCUGGAGCUGCAAGAAGACCACGGCGGAAGCACUGGGAACACCUCCAAUUCUUCAUCAUCGUCAUCAUCCUCUCCCAUUUCAUCCAAUCAGAAUUCUCCCCAGCAAAAUCUACUGGAUGUCACCGACGCCAAUGGGAUCAAACACGAGUACCAGAUGUUGUCACUCACACACACGCUCUUGGCGCACACACACGCCACGCUGCUAGAGCCACUGCCUGAUGACUGCCCUCUUAUGGAUAUAGAGCGUAUCACCCAGAGUGUGGUCAAGUCUCACUUGGAGACGAGUCAGUACAGCUCUGAUGACCUGAAGAGGCUGACAUACAAUGGGAUGCAGUACUCACCUGAGGAGACCCGCAACUUCCAGUGCGAGUCUGCAGAGUCUGUGUGGCAGCAAUGUGCCCACCACAUCACCAAUUCCAUCCAGUACGUGGUGGAGUUUGCCAAACGCAUUACAGGCUUCAUGGACCUGUGUCAGAAUGACCAGAUCAUUCUGCUCAAAGCAGGCUGUCUGGAGGUGCUGUUGAUAAGGAUGUGCAGGGCGUUUAACGCCACCACAAACACCAUGUUCUUUGAUGGCAAAUUUGCCUCCGCUCAGCUCUUCAAAGCCCUCGGUUGCGAUGACCUGGUCAGUGCCGUGUUUGACCUGGCUAAAGGUCUCUCCCGCCUGCAGCUGACCGAUGAGGAGAUGGCUCUGUUCAGCGCCGCUUGCCUGCUGUCCCCAGACCGACCAUGGCUAACCGACAGCCAGAAGGUCCAGAAGCUACAGGCGAAGGUCUACCUGGCUCUGCAACACAGUCUGCACAUGAGCGGGGCUGCUGACGAGAAACUAGACCAGAUGGUGUCCAAGCUGCCAAUGAUGAAGUCCAUCUGUAAUCUCCACAUCGACAAGCUGGAGUUCUUUCGUCUGGUCCACCCCGAGACCGCAUACAGCUUCCCACCACUCUACCGGGAAGUGUUUGGGAGUGAGAUCUCUCUCCCCGACUCUACAAACAACUCCUAGAGAGAAAGAAAGAGUGAACGUGUUAGCGAGAAAGAGGGAGAAGUGUGGAGGUAGGGAAGCGGAAGGAGAGAAUGAAUGAGUGAGGAAUAUAAAUAGUGACCUCAAAAAUAACCAGCAGUUAACGAGACAAUCCAGGACUUCAAAUACUCAGUCUCCCAGCAUCCUGUGGUGUUAGUCCUCCACUAUCCCAGCAGGCCAUGCACCUUACACUACAGACUUCACCUUCAUGGUCCUUUUGUACCGUAGCACUUUGGACAAACUAAUAGGUGAUAUGCAUAUUCUACAGUAUGCACAUAGAUCAUUUAGCAUUAGAACAUCAUUUUACAUGAAUGUACCUCACUGACAAGCACCAAUGCACCAGCUAGAACCCCACACCAAAUGUAAAUACUAACACUGCUACAGUUCGACUGGUCAAAUUAGAAUCAUUAAUUUAUAGUCCCACAGACAGUUCAUGGCAGUACCCAUAUAUGUAGGCUACAUAUACAGUACCAGUCAAAAGUUUGGACACACCUGCUCAUUCAAGGGUUUUUCUU